AUGCCGUUUGUCUUACCUAUAGGACUAUGCGACGUGGUCGGGCGGAACACUGUGAGAAUCUUCUGUCCUCGGUGCAUGGAUGUGUACACCCUUCAACCAGGGGUGAAAGCUGCAGCUGUGGACGGUGCAUAUUUCGGCACGGGUUUACCUCACAUGGUGUUGAUGACGCGACCUGAAUACAUUCCGUCUCGGCCUGAAGGACGGUAUGUGUCCAAGCUUUACGGGUUCCGAAUUCAUGAUUCAGCGUACGACUUGCAUCAGAACGCGUUUAUYAAGYACAGGCAAAUCAUGCAACAGUCUUCCGGAUCCACCUCCACAGCAACCGCCAGAAUUACCUCCACAAACCGCUCAAUCACAGCUGGAUCACCAACUACUGACGCUGCCCUCACAAACAGCACCAUAGUUUCUUCUACCGCAAGUGAUCGAAUACCCCGUAUAAUAGAUAUGAUGAAAACACAUCGUCGUGUCGCGUUAUUAAAACGAUAA